CACUGCCGGGAGCUGUGCAUUAGCUCUGGGAGGGCGUCGUUAAGUCAGCGAUGCCAUGUAAUUAAUGAGGUGUGAGGGCCAAUGAUGGCUUGUGAAUUAGCGGCCACUGUGGGGCAGGGUGCAUGAGAAGGACCGGGGGGGGUUGUCCACUAUCGAGCGGAGGAACCGUCUGGAUCUGUCGUAGUGGCUGCGGCAUCGGGGUGUGCAGCCCCACCGAGCACCGUGAACACAACCCCUUCCGCCACCGCGAGCCCCUGGCGACACUCAUCCCACCGCGGCUCCACCACCCUCCCACAGCGUCCGUCCUCCCCAUCGCAAAGUUCCCGGAGCCUCCACUACGUGAGGGCAGCUCCGCGCCCCUGCUCCACCGCGGCCCCGGACCACCGCCACCAAGCCCCUUCUCCGCGCCGCCUGGAUAGCUGUGAGCUGGGAACUGGCCUGGUUUCACCAGAACAGUCCCUCGACGCCCUAUUGCUCCGCCUCCAGCCCAAAUUUACCCCGCCCAAGCCUGAUCUGAGAUCCCGACUUCUGCUCCUCCACGAUCCCCCUCCAACCUACCCCAGCUGUGGCACCUCGGUACCUUUUCUCCGCCUAUGCCCAAGACCCUAGAACUUUCCAGCCCUCUCCAAGAAGCUCACUGUUUUCUGGAUGUAUUGUAUUGCUGCUGCUUGGCGAUAAAUUAGGGGGAGGGUUAUGAGGGGGUCGAGGUUGGGGCUGUGGCUCUGGUAAUCUGUCAUCAGGCACGCAGUAUGAACAGAAGACAAAGCUCCGGUGCCGAGCUGUAUUUUGGAAAAUACCCACAGCACAGAUAAAUCUCCUGUGAAAUCUGCGCCUCCCCCAAUCCCUUAAGUAGAUUGUUAACAGAUGAUCCCCCUUUAAUCAAGUCGUAGGGAAGGUCCGGCCACUAGGGGGCUUCUCUUGACUACACAAUAUCCCCUAAUUAACGCCUGGAGAAGUCGCUGGCAAUUCCCAUCCUUCUAAAGUAUGCACAGGAUAAGCGAGGAGUUUUCUGCCCAGUAAAAGCCGGUAGAAUUUAGAAAGGUUUCUGAAGAAAAUGUUUAAGCUAGAGCCAGAUAAUUCAAUAAAGAGAUCUCAAUUGGGUGCCUGGCGUGGCGGGGGGGACAGAACGCUUUUCCAGUGAAAUGAAUUCCAUUGGGAGCUGCCAUCUCCGAGGCUGGUGUUCGGGGCAGCGCAAGCCGGGCCGCUGCACCAGCCCUUCCAAAUGCAUUAGCACCCGUGAAACUGACUAGCAGCUGCCAAUUUCACAGCUGCUGCUAGCACAGCUGUGUAACAAAGGGCCCGCCUGGGUCCCCCAAACGGCAAACCCUGGGAAUGGCAGCCAGUUUUGCUGCUCCCACUUCAGAGCCAUGGGGAAGCCAAGACAAUCUGUGGAGAAAUUAUGUAGCCCCCCAGCUUCGCUCCCAGCCCCACAACCGCGUCCCUGCCGGUAUUGCUCGGGUGGGAGUCGUGAGGAAGCCUGCGCACUGGAUGUACAGGGAAGGGUUUCGAGGCAAAAAGUUUAUCGGAGCUGGAGAGAACCUCUGUCUGUGCAGAAGCGUGCACCGUGGGGGCAGGGGAAGGCAAAAUCCACGGAAGAGCCACCAUCCUUCCUUCCCCUCCCCGCGGUUUGGUCUGGCAGUAAGGAGUUUGCUGGGUAGAGACACGCUGGGCAUUGCGUGGGCCGGAAGUUAGGACGGGGUGUGUGUACGCGCGUGCGGGAGAGAGGGAGGAGAAGUGGGGGUCUCCAUGUCCCAACCCUGAUGGAAUCAGCCUUUAUCCGGCUGUCUGGGCUGUAAUCCCCUUCUCUGGUAAUUAAAAACCGCAGCAUUACACGGAAACGGUGUCCAAUAGAAUGUAAUCAGUUCUGCAGGAGCUUAACCAUCUGUUAAAGGUUAAAUCCAUGCGCGGAGCCUGAUGUCAGGAUAUUCAUACGGAGGAUUUGGCUCCCGGUGUGUUGGGGGCUCUUUAAUCUGUUCUAUUGAUGGAGCGAACAGCUGUGGGAAAAUCUUGCACCCCCCCCACCAGUUCAUCCACUUUGGGUCACGGACCGUACCGUGGAGUAACUAACGGCUGCCCGGCCAGAGGGCAACGCCGAGCACCGAUACUCGCCGGGGUCCAUGCUGCUCCGCGCCGAGCCCCCGCAGCGCUGGGAGCGCACCUGACCUUUUACCGUAUGGAAAUGAUUGCAUCCUCCCGGGCAUUGGAAUUAGCACAUCGCUCGCUCUUCCUUCCUGCCUUCCUCUCUGGCUCCCCCUCCCUCUCGCUGUUCUCCCCCCGCCCGCAGGCAGGCAAGGGUUAACCAUUCCGGCAAACAUCACGGCUCCGGCUCUCCACUCCUCUGUCCACCAAUGCGGUGCUGAAUGCGGGGAGGGUCCUCCCUCCGCGGCUCGCUCGGAGCCCCAAAGUAUUGGCAAGUCGAAGUCUUAAACAAACACAAGUAGGGCAGCUGCAGCGGCAAAGUCGGCCGCGCUCCUGGAACGGGCUCCCACCCGCGCCCCGGGGGAGACCCGCACCCGUAGGCGCUGCCGGAGCCGGGGCUCGGCGCCAUGGCCACCGGCGUCUGGGGCAGGGGCAGGGGCUGGUUCUGCAGCCGGCAGAUGCUGUUGCUCCUGCUGAGCUGCCGCUUGGCCCCGGCCCCGGUCCCCGCGGCCGCCCAGCUGCGCUACUCGGUCCCGGAGGAACUGGAGCACGGCGCCUUCGUGGCCAACCUCGCCGAAGACCUGGGGCUAGACGUGGCCGAGCUGUCGGCGCGGCGAUUCCGCAUCGUGUCCCGGGCUGGCGCGAGGCAACACCUGGAGGUGAACCUGGAGAACGGGAUCCUCUUCGUCAACGAGAAGAUCGACCGUGAGGAGGUGUGCGAGGCCGGCGGGGCCUGCCUCCUGCACCUGCAGCUGGUGAUCGAGGGUCCGCUGGAGCUGUACCGCGUCGAGGUGGAGGUGCUGGACAUCAACGACAACGCGCCCGCCUUCCCCUGGCAGGAGUACGUGCUGGAGGUGACCGAGUCGGCGCUGCCCGGCGCCCGCUUCCCGCUGGAGAGCGCGCAGGACCCCGACAUGGGCACCAACUCUCUGCGCACCUACCAGCUCAGCCCCAACAGCUUCUUCUCGCUCGAGGUGCAGUCGCGCAGCGACGGCAGCAAGUUCGCGGAGCUGGUGCUGGAGAGAGCCCUAGAUCGCGAGCAGCAGCGGUCGCACCGGGUGCUGCUCACGGCCCUGGACGGCGGCGUCCCGGAGCGCACGGGCACGGCGCGGGUGGUGGUCACGGUGCUGGACUCCAAUGACAACGUGCCCGCCUUCGACCAGGCCUCCUACGGCGUGAGCCUGCCCGAGAGCGCGCCUGCUGGCACCCUGGUCAUCCAGCUCAACGCCACAGACCGGGACGAAGGCACGAACGGCGAGAUCGAGUACUCGUUCAGCGGCCACGCGCCGCCUCGCGUGCGGGAGUUGUUCAGCGUGGAGCCGCGCAGCGGGCGGGUGCGCCUCAAGGCGCCGCUGGACUACGAGCGCGCCAGCCUGCACGAGCUGUACGUGCAGGCCAAGGACCGCGGCCCGGCGGCCGUGGCCGUGCACUGCCGCGUGCUCGUGCGCCUCCUGGACGUCAACGACAACGCGCCCGAGGUGAGCCUCACGUCGGUGUCGGCGCCCGUGCUGGAGGACGCGCCGCCGGGCACCGUGAUCGCCGUCAUCAGCGUCCUGGACCGCGACUCGGGCGCCAACGGGCUGGUGAGCUGCGAGCUGUCCCCCGACGUGCCCUUCCGGCUCCAGGCCUCCUUCCGCAAUUACUACGCGCUGGUGACAACGGAGCCGCUGGACCGCGAGGCCGUGGCUGAGUACAACAUCAGCAUCACGGCGCGGGACGGCGGCUCGCCCGCGCUGCUCACCAGGAAGACGCUGACUGUCCAGGUGUCCGACGUCAACGACAACGCGCCGCGCUUCCUGCAGCCCUCCUACAACGUCUACGUGCUGGAAAACAACGCCCCGGGCGCCUCCAUCUGCUCCGUCAGCGCCCGCGACCCCGACUGCCAGCACAACGCCUACCUGUCUUAUUCCCUGGCCGAGGGCCGCAUCCAGGGUAUGCCCGUGGCCACCUACGUGUCCAUCAACUCGGACAGUGGGCACAUGUACGCGCUGCGCUCGCUUGACUACGAGCAGAUCCGCAGCUUCCAGGUGCAGGUGCGGGCGCAGGACGCCGGCUUCCCGCCGCUCAGCGCCAACGUCACCGUCACCGUCUUCGUGCUGGAUCAGAACGACAACGCGCCGGUCAUCGUCUCGCCCCUGCCCCGCAACGGCUCCGUGGCCACCGAGCUGGUGCCGCGCUUCGCGGACCCGGGCUACCUGGUGGCCAGGGUGUCGGCGAUGGACGCGGACGCGGGGCAGAACUCGCGCCUGUCCUACCAGCUGCUCCAGGCCACGGACCCGGGGCUCUUCAGCAUGGCGCUGUACACUGGGGAGCUCCGCACCGCCCGCACCUUCCUGGACCGGGACGCCCCGCGCCAGCGCCUGCUCGUCCUGGUGCGGGACAACGGGCAGCCGCCGCUCUCGGCCUCCGUGUCGUUGCUGUUGUCUGUGGUAGAGCGAGUGCCCGAGACCCUGGGCGACCUCCGCGAGCUGAGCCUCGGCCCCGAGGCCGCGUCCCCCGCGCUCACCCUAUACCUCAUCGUGUCCCUGGGCUCUGUGUCCUGCACCUUCCUGGUGGCCACCCUCGUGCUCGCGGCCGUCAAGUGCCGCAAGGGCCGCCGAUCCCUGCGGGGCUCCGGCUGCGCGCCGCCUUCCUGCCGCUGCUGCUGCCUGCGCCGCGCCCCGUCCGACGCUGCCGCGCGGGCCUCCGCCGGCUGCAAGGCGCCGGGCAGCUGCCGGGACGGCGGGGGCAGCGGCCCGCCCGGCUACUGCUACAAGGUCUGCCUCAGCCCCGAGUCCGCCAAGAGCGACUUCAUGUUCCUCAAGCCCUGUAGCCCACGGCCCGCCCGCAACAACGAGCCGGGCCCCGAGCGCCUCCCGGCGCGGAAGCCGCGGGCGGCCAAGAACGCGCUUAAUGCCGCCAGCCAGAUCAAACAACCCAAUACAGACUGGCUGCCUCCAAAACCCCAGCUUGCGGCCCUGAAAAGUUCGCAGAGUUUGGAAGACGUAGGCGGGAUCCGAAGGGGAGUCCAGAAGGAGCCCGACAGACUGCGUACGCUGGUCAGCCCGGUCUCUGAUUUCCAGAAGGCCUCGGGGGCCGCCACCAGCGUCUGGGCCCCCAGAUACGGCCCGCUUUACCCGCCCCUGGACUAUCAGCACAACGUUUACAUCCCAGGGACCCCGACUAUGGUGGGCAACAAGGAGGGGCCCCUUUUUUUGGACCAGGAGGACAAGAGCAGCUUCUCCACUUUUGGGAAGAGAAAGAAAAUGAGCACGUAUUGCGAAAUACACGACAACGUGAUGAUCAACAAUGACCUCAAGUGAUGGAUGUGAGGGCGGCCGCGGGCCGGGGCCAGCUCUGUCCAUGGUGCUGGCGAACCUGCCACUGGCUCUCCCGCUUUGUAAAACCUGCAGCAUUACUACGAAGCAAGGCGCAGCGUGUCCUGCCUUACGAACUGCGCAGUGAUGCUAAGACAUUGCCCGCAGAGAAGGUGCCUGCUAUUGUAAUUAGACAAAUCCCGUCUCUGGACCGCAACUAGACAGAGAAGGCGGGCAGGGAUUUGUAGCGCCUGGACAGCGAAAAGGCUGAAAACGACCGCCCCCCCGCUCCUCCUCCGGGGUGGGGCUGUUAGGCUUCGUCCCCUCUCUUUCUGCCGGGAGGUAGCUGGUCUGUGUAUUAGUGGGUUCGUGGCAGUUUAGUGUGUCAAAUUAAAUGGACGAUUUGCCUUGUGUUAUACAGAACACCUCAGCAGGGGGACUUUUGGGGCUGUAAGUGGAGCAGCCUCCCCGGCAUAUCUUGCGCACUUCGAGAAGCCUUUAGCAAGCUCCAUUUUGUGAACGCGCUAUUUCCUUUGCUCAUUAGGCUCUGUGAAUGUAUCCAGCGCCCAUGUAUAUUUCUGACUGUUUAACGCACUGAAAUAGGUGCUACACGCAAUGCUAAUUAACAUCACGAGGACGGCGAGGUUCCCGGGGUAGAGGAAAAGGAGCCUAGAGCCCGGUGGCCAGCGCCCUUUUUGUGGGGGCAGGGGAGAAGCCUGAAUAAACCUUCUUGGACCUGCCUCUCCACGAUGUUUCUGGGGCUGAACGAAGCGCAGGGCGCUCCAGCCUCAGCCCAUUGCUUCUGGCUUCAUCUGCUAAAGUGAAGAGGUGCCGAAUAUUGCAAGGUGCAGGGUUUACGUUCACGCUCAGAGGAGCAGGGGCACGCUCCUUGGGUGUGGGAGGCUUUUAUUUUUUAAAAAUAAAAUAUAUCUGAACGUGUCCCAGGUCUGACACGAGUUCUUAAAGACAGCUCCAGGGCUAGUGCAGACUCCCUCCCCGCACAUAAGAGGAGCACCCCCUGGCGUCUUGCUUCCCUCCCUGAGCUUUGGGACUGUGCCCUUGAUGGGUAUGGAGACUGGGUAGCCAAGGAAGCGAUUAGCAAAUCGGGUCAAGGUGCACAGCCUGGGGCUACAGACUCCUUACUGAG